AAAUUAAAAUUAAAAUUAUAAGUGUAAUAAUAAUACUUUUUUCUCAGUGUAGUUGAUACAACAUUGUUUAUUCAUUAAAAUCUAACAUAUUUUACCAAGAGUGAAAUCUAAUAUAGCUUUACUUUUUAUCGAUGUGAAUACUGGAUUAAAACAUUUUUUAUUAUUAAUUUUUGACAGAAAAAAAAGUAUCCAUACAUCAAUUCAAAUUAUUUGUUGCAAAUAUGUGAACGAAUACACUCUACUCUUGAAAAAGAUGUACCUUCUUGUGUUUCAACUACUCCUUCUUUACUCGGAGCUGGUAAACAAUCACUCCUGCGAACCAAAGAAGAUAUUUUAAAACACCGUCUUAGUAUUGUAACAUACUCAGGAAGACGAGGAAGAAGGCCGUUCUUCGGUCGAAAUGGAAAUUUAAUAUGUGAUAAUAUUGUUCGGAUUAUUCAAGGUCGUGAAAAUUCUGGACCUUUAAAUCGAAGAGAGGCAAUCCCACCUAAAUUUUAUUCCAAACUACAAUUAUAUCGUCAUACGUUAGGUCAUUUGUCAGCAGUUUACUGUGUUUUAUAUGAUCGAACAGGAAAAUACAUCAUUACAGGAGCUGAUGACUUACUUGUUAAAGUAUGGAGUGCAAUUGAUGGUCGAUUGUUUGCCACUUUUCGAGGGGCUUCAUCAGAAAUAAUGGAUAUAGCUGUAAAUUUUAAUAAUACGCUUUUGGCGGCGGGAAGUUUGGAUCGGAUCUUACGAAUUUGGUGCUUCCAAACAAUGUCACCAAUAGCAGUAUUAUGUGGACACUCGGGGAUGGUUACUUCUGUUAAUUUCUGUCCUAUCACCUGCAAUGGUGUUAAUUACCUGGUAUCAACAAGUACGGAUGGAUCAGUGGCAUUUUGGUCGUACACUCAAAAGUCCAAUGAAAGAGCAGUUUUUCAACCAAAGCCUAUACAAUAUCAUGAAAAAAUGAGACCUGGACAAGCACAAAUGAUCUGUGCAUCAUUUAGCCCAGGCGGUACCUUUAUGGCAGCUGGUUCUGCAGAUCACCAUGUGCGCGUGUAUUCCAUGUUAGAAGAAGAAGGUCCUCGCCGUGUUCUUGAAGUUGAAGCCCAUACAGAUACUGUUGAUAGUAUACAAUGGGCUCAUAUGGGAUUAAAGUUUAUUUCUGGGUCAAAAGAUGGAACAGCAAAUGUUUGGCAUUUCGAACAACAACAGUGGGUGCACAAACGUCUUUCAAUGAACACGAAAUUAUCUGAUGAUGUUAAGGUUGAUGAAGAUACAAUAAAAAAAGCAAAAGUAACAAUGGUGUGGAAUGCUAAAAGUGGAGAAUUAAUGAAGAUUUUAAGAGGUCACAAAGAUGAAGUCUUUGUUUUAGAAGCUCAUCCUAUUGAUCCUCAAGUAAUAUUAAGUGCUGGACACGACGGACAGUUAAUUGUUUGGGAUGUGCUUAAUUCUGAACCAAUAGCAUGUUUUCAAAAUUUCAUUGAAGGACAGGGUAACGGAGCUGUAUUUGAUGCGAAGUGGUCACCAGACGGUACAAUGCUUGCAGCUACAGAUUCUCAUGGCCAUUUAUUGAUGUAUGGAUUUGGAUCUGGAGUUGAAAAACUUAAAAUUAUUCCCAAGGAAUUGUUCUUUCAUACAGACUAUCGACCGCUCAUUCGAGAUAGCAAUAAUUAUGUAUUAGAUGAACAAACACAAACUGCACCACACUUGAUGCCUCCGCCAUUUUUGGUUGAUGUCGAUGGAAACCCGUAUCCACCAUCGCUUCAACGAUUAGUCCCAGGUAGAGAAAAUUGUCGGGGAGAACAAUUGGUUCCCAAUAUUGCAGUAGGUGUAGGAGGAUUACAAGAAGUUAUCGAAGGAAUACCAGAUCCUGAACCACGCUCAAAUAUCGAUCGUCUUAUUGAAGCUCUUGCACAAAGACAAAAUUUGAACACCGGAGAUAAUGAAAAUAUUGACGAUCGCGAAGAAAAUUUUAAUGAAUCUCAAAUCCGUCAAAUAACUAGUCCACGUGGUAAUCGUUUAGGAUUACGAAGAGUUGGGGAUGUUGAAGGAGUGAGACAAAGUAGUGGAAACUGGCAACGAGAUAAUACUACGCCUUGGAAUAAACCAAUCCUGGUACCACCGAUUCAUGAAGCAAUACAACAAACGCAGCUAGAAAAAUUGUAUUCAAUGGCCGAUAUGGAAAUAGAAAUUUGGAAAAGAGAAAUGAAGAAACGCCCGUUACCUCCUGUGAAACUCGUUGAAGCUUCAGAUCAUGCCAAUAACUAUUUAACGAAUCGAAAACGGAAGAAUGGAGUAAGACAUGGUUACCGAACCAGAGCCGCAAGAGAUGACGAACAAAAUGAUGACGAAAAUAAUUCGGAAAAUAGAGAGCUUUCAGGAACCUCGGAAAGCAGUCAUAGCAAUGACUCUUCGGCUCAUGAAGAAGAUUUGUGUUCUGACACUACUACGUCAGAUACAAGUAGUGAAUAUUCCGAUUGGAUUGCAGAUCAUGGAUUACACUUAGAACCGCCAACUCGGAGUAAAAGAAAACCAAUGAAUAAAAGAUCGGUCACACCAUCUACUGAUCUGAAUAAGCAGAGAAACCAACGUCUGAAGAAAAAGUUAAUGACAGUACCGAAUGGAACAGCGGAAGUACCUGACGUUUUUCGUCCUUCAGAAUGGCUUACUGAAGUAAUACCUCGUAAAGCACCAUAUUACCCACAAAUAGGUGAUGAGGUGGUAUAUUUUCGACAAGGUUAUAAUUUAUAUUUUGAUGCAGUCAAGAACAAAAAAGUUUACUCUUUGAGCACACGCUGUGAACCAUGGUCUAAAAUGGAGAUCAAAGCUCACGAAUUUGUAAAAGUUGUAGGAAUUAAGUAUGAAAUUCGUCCACCUCGACUCUGUUGUUUGAAAUUAGCAUUGAUGGAUGAAGAAGGCCAUUUAACAGGAAAUACUUUCACAAUUAAAUAUCACGAUAUGGCGGAUGUAUUAGAUUUUCUAGUACUACGACAAACUUUUGAAACGGCAUUAAAUCGAAAUUGGUCAGAAGGAGAUCGUUUCAGAUGUAUGAUUGAUGAUGGUUGGUGGAUGGGAGAAAUCGAAUCAAUGGAGCCACUUGAUGAAGAGUUUCCCGAAUCAUAUUUUAUGUGUUUUCGUGUGAGAUGGGACAAUGGAGAGUAUGAAAAAAUGAGUCCAUGGGAUUUAGAACCUAUAGAUGCAGAAAGACUUCCUAUUGAAAUUGGGGGUGCUGUUCCUGUUCUACCUGAAGAAAUUCAAAAUACACUGUAUCAACCUCAACCCGAUGAAUGGCCUAUGGGAGAUAGAGAAGCUACUUGCCGUCGUAUAGUUCGUGGAAUUGAUCAAGUUAUGUCACUUGCUAUAGCUGAACCAUUUAUAACUCCAGUUGAUCUCAAUAUUUAUCCAGCUUAUGCAUUUGUUGUUGAAUAUCCUAUCGAUUUGUCGACUAUUAAAACACGUUUGGAGAACCAUUUUUAUCGUAGAAUCAUAUCCGCACAAUUUGAUAGAACCGGUAGAUCGGUUAGAACACCCUGAUUACUAUCAAUUAAUAGAUACACCAAUGGAUCUUCGAACAGUGAAAGAAGAUUUACUGGGGGGUAAUUAUGAAACACCUUUAGAGUUUGCUAAAGAUAUGAAGCUAAUUUUCACAAAUAGUAAAAACUACAACACUAACAAACGAUCAAAAAUAUAUUCGAUGACAGUAAGGUUAUCAGCUAUGUUUGAAGAACAUAUGCGGAGAAUCAUUUACCUGUGGAAUUCAAACAAACGGCGGACUAAAAAUUGCCAGAUGAAAACUCGUCAGCGCACAUCAAAAGAGUUGAAGACUUCUCUAACGACUAAUGCUGGUCCAUCUAGAAGAAGAUGUGAAACAACAAGCGAUGAUGAUGAGGAUGAUGAUGAUGAUGAUGAUGAUGAUGAUGAUGAUGAUGAUGAUGAUGAUGAUGAUGAUGAUGAUUCAAAUGAUGAGGAUGAAGAUGAAGAGGAUGAUGAUGACGACGAUGAUGAUGAUAAUGAUGUUGUCGUUGAUGAUGAAGACGACAAUGGUGACAAUGAGCAUAAUGAUAAUAAUAACGAUGAUAAUGCUGAUGAUGGUGACGAUGAUGAUGAUUAUGAUGAUGAUAAUGACAAUGGACAUAAAAGAAAAGUGAAUUUAAAAAAAAAUAAGAAACAAAAUAAAGUAACUGUUCAUAAUAAACAAACAUCGUACUGCAAUGAAUCAGGUCCAUCUCAAAUUACAAAUGGUCAUAUCAACCAUUCUACUGAUUCAAGACCAAUCAGAAAUAGAAAAUCUUCAUCAAAAAAUAUCCCGAAAAGUAAAAACGAUUCCACUGAAUCUGAUUCGUCUACCAAUAACAUCACUGAUGAUAAUCAGACUAUUCUACGAAGAAAAAACGAAGUUAGUCUAAGCAAUUAUAAGAAUUUAAAUGACAACAUCAAGUCUGUAAGAAGCAGAGGAUCUAUUAUAAAACGAGGGUUGAGAAGAAAAGGUAUUCUUCGUACGAAUCGAUCAGCAUUAAAAAAUUAUGCAGAGAGUAAUGGUGAUGAAAAUGAUGAAAAUCAAGAAAUUAUUGAACAGCAGGAAUCCACAGCCAGUGAAAGUUCACAAAAUAUUGAAAAUGAAAGAAUACAAGCCCAUGCAAUUCCAGAAACAGAUUCAGUGCCCGAUCAAAUAUCUUAUACUAGCGGUCCAUCUCCGAAAAAUAGAAGUGAAGAAACAUCAUCAGAUAGCAGUUGCAUAGAAAAAUUAAAUUACAAUGUUUCAAAUAGUAGAGAUUCUGAAAGUUAUGAAUCUACAGCAAGAAAUAAACAGAUAAAAUCGCAGAAAAAGGGAAGAAGAAGAAGACGGCGAAGAAAAAGAAUAUCUAUAAAUGAUUCCGAUAACGAAGAGACAAUAGGAAGUUCUCGAAGAGGGAUGAAACGUGUACGAUACUGUGAAGAUAGUGACGAAACUGAAUCUAUUCCUUCAAGAGAUAGGCGGAAAGUAAAAAAACCUGACUAUACUGAACAAAGUGAUGAAAGCCCACCUGAACCUGGGAUCAGUAUAAGUAGUAGAGGUCGUGUACGAAAAAUGACCGCAAAAGCACGUGCUUUUUUAUUAGAGUCACCAUAA